AUGCUGCUGCUGCUGCACCUGCUGCCUGCCAUGCUGCCCACCGCCGCCCUGGCCAGCUGCACCGCGGUGGGCGCCGACCGCCAGCUCAUCCUGGCCAAGGUGCGGGCUCGGGUGCUGGAACACCUGAGUCCCCCCCUGCUCCAAGAAGUGCCACAGAUGGAAGCAAGGAGGGUGCACCGGAGAGACGUCCUUGAAAACACAGAAGUGGAGCCAGAGGAACUGGAGGACACCUCCCAGGUGAUCUUAUUCCCUGCCACAGAUGUUCCCUGUGAGCCCACACAGCCAGACAAGCUGCUGGAGGAAGAAGGGAUUUUCACCUACCUCUUCCAGCCCUCGGCACACACCCUAAGCCGUGUGGUGACUUCUGCCCAGCUCUGGUUUUACACGGGCCCCUCGGCUGCCCCCAACCACUCCACCCCUGACGUGCUGACCCUGUCACCUCAGGGCCGGGUGCCGGUGACAGCCAUGGUGGAGCAAACACCCGAGCACUGGACUGUGUUUCACUUGGCCCCGGGGCUGCUGCCCCAGCUCUGGCAGCCGCUCUUUGUGCUCCUGGUGCGCUGCCCCGGCUGCCCCUGCCUGGCCGAGGGGGACAAGAUGCCCUUCCUGGUGGCCACCACCCGGGCCAAGGGCAGUGAGAGGGCUCGUCGCUCUGCCAUGCCCUGGUCCCCAGCCGCCCUGAGCCUGCUGCAGCAUCCAUCCGAGGAGCUAGCUGCCCACACCAACUGCCGCCGGGCUUCCCUCAACAUCACCUUUGAGGAGCUGGGCUGGGACAAGUGGAUCGUGCAUCCCAGCAGCUUUGUUUUCCACUACUGCCACGGGAGCUGCGCCGCAGGCCACGGGCUGAGCCACCGGCUGGGCGUGCAGCUCUGCUGCGCUGCCCUGCCAGGCACCAUGCGCUCCCUGCGCGUCCGCACCACCUCCGACGGCGGCUACUCCUUCAAGUACGAGACGGUGCCCAACAUCCUGGCCGAGGACUGCACCUGUGUCUAG